AUGGAGACCACUGAUUUGAUUGUCGAACCGACCAGCAAAAAGCGCAAACUCAGCCGAUCAGGAUCUUCCGUAGAAGCCACCCGCAAACAUACUCGCGUCCUAGCUGCCUGCGACGAAUGCCGUAUUAGCAAGACGAGAUGUGACUCGGUGAGGCCGGUAUGCGCAAAGUGUCUUAAGAAGCGAGUUCCAUGUGUUUAUCCGGAUAAGGAUCCUUUUUCAAUAUUUGAGUCGUGGGGUGAACGUAUCCUUGACGCUGUUGAGCGUCAGCAGAAGGUCCUCUCUGAAGUGUUAGCAGAGAAAUCCGAUAGGAGACGGGCUCCGUUUACUAAUGAGAUAUUGGAAUUGCAUACUUCAUUUGAUGAAGAGGUUGAUCUGGAGAGAAUCUCUAGAAAUGACACUCCAAAGACCCCUAUCACCGGAUCAGAUAUGAUUCUCCGCUGGCCCAUUUUCCCGAGGAACAAGCCAGUAGAUACAUUUCCUGCGUAUGCAUAUGCGGAAAAAGAGAAGAAUGUCGACUCCCAUCGUCAACAAACCAUGCUUCCCAGUAUGAUUGGGUACGACAGCUCCCAACGACAACGCAUACUAGAGCUGAGGGAUAUCUACAUGACCAAGAUUCAAAUCAAAAAUCCCAUCGUCGAUGCAGAUGAACUAGAUGAGCAUCUUACCAGGGCUUUAGAAAAAGGGUUCGACUGGAGUCCGUCAUCAUGCUUGGUGUUGCUGGUAUUGUCGCUAGCUGCCAUAUGGGGUAAUUAUCCACAGGAUGACCGGAGGACGACACUGGCUUGUAUUGUAUCGCCCGAAGGGUUUCAACAGAAGAGGGAGUAUGUGACGAAUGCAGUUCCGGAGCAUCGGAUGAGAGAGUCACUGGGAUAUUUCUCAAUGGCGAAAGAGCGGAUGUCGACGGCGUAUUUGGAUGACUCGUUGUUGGGGGUUGCGUGUUUUUGUUUAUUUGGAAUGUGGUAUCAGUACAAUAUUGAGCCGAUCCCCGGCUGGAAGAUGUUUCGAACCGCGUCGAUGUUGUGGGAGGCUUAUAACCUAAAGCACCGAGGUGGGAAGACGGAGAGAUCCAAACAGGAAGAAAGUCUCGAGCAACGAUUAUAUUGGACAUGUCUCAAAUCUGAAUGUGAGGUCCGGUACGAACUAGCCGAUCUACCAUCAUGCACACUGUGGGAAUCGGACUUCCCUUUCUCUCUCCCAACAUUUUCAACUUCUUCGUAUCCACCUACUUCGUCAAUAACGAGCAAUCGCCAUGAACAAACUAUCGAAGACUCACCCUCAUACUACUACUACCUCGCCGAAAUCUCUCUUCGUAGACUCCUCAACCGGGCCCGCAACGCUGUCGUAAUCCUCAACCCAGAUAUUGACUGCGCCACCGCUUCAAUCCUCACCGAAGCACUAUCCAAACUCGAAAAUCAGCUUGAACAAUGGCUUGAAUGUCUCCCACCUGUACUCCAAUUCAAUCGGCCACUUGAAUCCCUCCCGCCACCUAAUGAGCCUGAACUUGUCAAACUCGUACGUGAACGUUACGUCGAAGUGCGCGAGCUUCUUUGCAGGGCUCAUCUUUAUCUUUGUCUGCAUUGCGGCACCACCCUUGGUCGCGAACAAGCUCGUCUAUACGGCGCAAAAGCCAGCGAAGGACUAGCUCUAUCCAUUUAUCGCAUUCGGACCGAGAUUCCAUUUUUCCGACAUCCGGGAUCCUGGGGAGCAUGUCGCGUAAGAUUUAAUCAAUCAUUAUGUUUAAUUGCUGCUUUCAGAGGGAAAAUUAAUGGAAUAUCCUCAGCGGAGAAUAUAGUUGUACCCCCUGCGUGGGCUGAUUGUGUCAGAGUUGUUAUUGAGAGGUUAGAGGUGUGGAGUGAAGAGGGAGGCGGGAUCAGGGAGUUAGCUGGUCUGUUGAGAUGGUUGAUGGAGGACGUAGCUUAGGUACUGUUUACGCUGUACGCCUCGUUUCCCCCAGGAUUUGUAGUAACUAGACAAACCCCUUUAUA